CAUAUGGUUGCUGCUUAAACUUCCAUCCCUAACCGGCUGUUUUUUGUUAUUUCAUAAUAAAAUUUUAAGGAAAACCCUAAUAGAAUUAACGAAAUGCAGAGCACAAGAAGUACACACCUGCUAUCCUUGGCGAGAAGAUUCAUUCACAUCCGGACAGCGGCACAGUCAGCCCGGGAAUCCACAGGAUCGGGAGCAGGGAAGGCAAAAGGUGGGGAAUCCGGCUACGGAUCGGAGCAAACCACGCAUUUUGGCUUCCAAACAGUCAGGGAAAGUGAAAAGGAGCAAAAGGUGCACGAGGUCUUCGAACAGGUGGCCAAUUCCUAUGACAUGAUGAACGAUGCCAUGUCCCUGGGCAUUCAUCGCGUUUGGAAGGAUGUUUUCGUGGAGCGUCUAGGACCAACACACGGGAUGCGACUUCUGGACAUGGCGGGCGGGACCGGUGAUAUCUCUUUCCGAUACCUCCGCUACCUGGCCAACCAGCCGAAUCCUAAGCAUCGUGUUAGUCAUGUCACCGUAUCAGACAUUAACCAGCACAUGCUGGACGUCGGCGAAGAGCGGGCCAAGAGACUAGGAUUGACCACCGACAGAUUGGCCAACUGCACUGUCGCCUGGCAGUGCGCCGAUGCCGAGAAACUGCCUUUCGAGGAUUCGAGUUUCACCGCCUAUACCAUUGCCUUUGGCAUCAGGAACUGCACGCAUGUUGAUAAGGUUCUUGCCGAGGCCUAUCGAGUGCUUCAGCCAGGCGGUCGCUUCAUGUGCCUGGAGUUCAGUCACCUGACCAAUGAGACGAUGCAGUGGCUUUACGACCAGUACUCCUUCCAGGUGAUCCCACCGAUGGGCCAACUGCUGGCUGGCCAGUGGCAGGCGUACCAGUAUCUGGUUGAGAGCAUCCGACGGUUUCCCAAGCAAGAGCAGUUCAAGCAGAUGAUCGAGGAGGCGGGAUUCGAUCAUGUGUCCUAUGAAAACCUCACCUUUGGCGUCGUCAGCAUUCACUCCGGCUUUAAGCUAUGAUGAUCUUGGGGCGGUGAUCUUCUUUUGUAAGCGAUUAAGAAACCCCUUUGUGGAGUUAAACUUUUAUAGUUGUUUCUUCAAUUUCUCCAUGCUGCUCACGUCGGGCAGGUCAUAAAGCAUCGAAUUGAACAAGCA